AUGGAAAUGCUAAAGGCUCGCAAGGAGCGUUACGAGAGACGCGUGGAGCGUCGCCGGAACAACAGUCCGCAGGAGGAAGUGUACGAAGCCGAGGCUCCGAAACUGUCGGUAAACAUGGAGGCGACGGGCAAGACGAUGGACAUUUCGGUGAACGACGUGACGAUCGGCGUUCCCGGCAAGCAAUUGGUGAUCGGCGCGACUUUGAAGCUAAUCUACGGCCGAAAAUACGGUUUGAUCGGUCGGAACGGAAUCGGGAAAUCGACGCUUCUGCGACACAUUUCUCGCCGUCAAAUCACCGGUUUCCCCGCCCACAUCAGUGUCAUGUACGUCGAGCAAGAAAUCCCCGAGAGCCCCAACAGCGUUCUCCAAAUGGUUCUGCAAAGCAACACCAUCUACCAGCACCUCCUGGCCGAGAAGGAGUCCAUCGAAGCCAAAUCCAAGACCGACAGCGCGACGGAAAGCGAGCUGCAGCGGCUGCAGACGGUCUACCAAGAGAUCCGCGACCGGAAUCUGAUCCACGCCGACGUGGUGGCGCGAGACAUUCUCCGAGGACUCGGCUUUUCCGACGAGAUGAUCAACCAACCGACGCAUUUGUUAAGCGGAGGCUGGCGUAUGCGCGUGUCGCUGGCUGCCGCGCUUUUUUCUUCGCCGGAUCUGCUGCUGCUGGACGAACCGACCAAUCAUCUGGACAUCGGAACGGUCAUCUGGCUCGAAGAUUUCCUGGAGAAUUAUGGAAAAACGCUGGUGGUGGUGUCCCACGACCGGCACUUCCUCAACACCAUCUGCACCGACAUCAUGCUCAUCCGCGAUCAACAGUUGUUGUACUUCCGCGGGAAUUAUGACGCGUAUGAAAAGACGUUUGAGGAGGAGAAUUUGAAUCGGGAGCGUGAACGCGCGUCGCUGAAGGGUCAAAUCGACCAUUUGAUGGUGUUUAUUAAUCGCUUCCGUGUGAAUGCGAACCGAGCUCCGCAGGUGCAGAGCAAAUUGAAGGUCGUGAAGAAACUGCAGGAGGAAAUGGACGCGAUUCCAAUGCCUUCGGAGGAUCCCAUGCUUCGCUUUCAGUUUGUGGACCCGCUCCCUCUGCAGAUGCCCAUCUUACAAUCCAACGACGUUACUUUUGGAUACACUCCGGACCGAAUUCUCUUCCGAAAGGUGAACUUCGGAAUCGAUUUUGAUUCGCGGAUCGGGAUUUUGGGGCCCAACGGAAUCGGUAAAUCCACGAUGGUCAAACUUCUGCUGGGCGAUCUGAUCCCGCUGGAAGGGCAGGUGAUUCGGAACCACAAGCUGCGGUGCGGCGUGUUCACGCAGCAUCACGUGGACCAGCUGGACUUCGAUAAAACGCCCUACCAGCUGAUGAAGGAUUUGUACCCGAAGGACGACGAGCAGAAAAUCCGGUCGCAGCUGGCGCGAUUCGGCGUGACGGAGGAGAUGGCCGGGAGGAGGAUUAAGACGCUGAGCGGAGGGCAGAAAACGCGCGUGUCGUUCGCGAUGAUCACAAACACAAAUCCGCAUAUUUUGGUGUUCGAUGAGCCCACGAAUCAUCUCGAUAUUGAGACUAUUGAGGCGCUGUCGAAGGCGCUGAACGCGUUUAAGGGAGGCGUGGUCGUCGUGUCGCAUGACCAGUUCUUCAUCAGUCGAGUGUGCAAGGAGCUGUGGACCAUUCGCAACCAGACCAUCGUGCGGUUCAACGGGGAGUUUAAGGAGUAUAAAAAGCUUGUCAGUCAGGGGAAAAUCUGCAUUGUUUGUUUUCCAAAAAUCGGGGGGAUUUUGCUCAAGACACUGCUUUCACACACACAUCUGUCUAUUUGA